AUGGCACCUUCUGCAGACAUUCACACUGCCACCAAUGGCGCCAACGGCGUCCACAACGGUGUCAACAGUCUCAAGAAGUAUCAAGAUCGCUCAAACCUGGUCCCCUUCUCUUCGCGCCUGAAAGAAGGCCGUGCUCUGGCAGAGGACGUGUGGUCCAUUUUCAAUGCUGCCAAUCUGCCCGCCGAUUGUAUCAAUCUCGGCCAAGGAUACAUGAACUUUGCGCCCCCAUCUUGGGUCAAAGACGCUGCCGAAGACGCCUUGAACAGUGUCGCAACGAACCAUUACUCACAUCCCAAGGGCCGUCUGCGUCUCCGCCAGGCCCUCAACAAAUUUUACGGCCCCCAGCUUGGGAGGGAGCUUGACGUCGAAUCCGAAAUUUUGGUAACAAGUGGAGCCAAUGAAGGGCAAUAUUCUGUCUUCGUUGCCUUCCUAGAACAGGGUGAUGAGGUCAUAAUGUUUGAGCCCUUCUUUGAUCAGUACUUGCCUUCCGUAACAUUUAACGGCGGUAUACCCGUUUAUGUUCCGCUACACCCUCAAGCGUCAGUUGAUAACCCCGCAAAGAACGAGUGGUUAAUCGAUUUUGAUGAAUUGGAACGGGCGAUUACCCCGCGUACGAAGAUGAUUAUUGUAAAUACCCCUCACAACCCUGUGGGUAAAGUCUUCACACGAGCAGAACUCGAGAAGAUUGCGGUUCUAGCCGAGCGUCACAACCUUCUCGUCAUGGCAGAUGAAGUGUACGAUUAUCUCGUAUUUGACGGAAAAGAGCAUGUAAGAUUUGCGACCCUGCCCGGUAUGUGGGACCGUACCGUUACAGUUGGCUCUGCGGGCAAGCUGUUCUCUGCGACUGGUUGGCGAGUAGGUUGGCUCAUCGGGCCGGCCUCCAUCAUCAGGCCCACACUCGCCGCAACCACUCGUAUCGUGUUUUGCACAAAUUCGCCGCUACAGGAGGCAGCAGCGGUAGGUUUGGAGCAGGCGAGAGAGCGUGGCUUCCUUGAACAGCAGACCCGCGAGUACGAUGAGCGCCGUAAUGCACUUACGGCUGCAUUUGACAAGCUCGGCAUGAAAUACUCUCAGCCGGAAGGUAGUUAUUUCGUGUUGCUGGAUAUCUCUUCCGUCCAAUGGCCAGAGAACUAUCCUUUCCCGCCAAGCGUUUUAGGAAGGGGCCGAGAUUUCAGCGCGUGUUGGUUCAUCGCGAUGGAAGUUGGAGUGUCUUCUAUACCCGUCAGCGAGUUCUACUGCGAAGAACAUUGCACCAUCGGCGAGAACUACGCACGAUUCGCCUUCUGCAAAGAUAUCGACACCAUGAAGCAAGCUGCAGAGCGCCUGCAAAGUCUCAGCAAGUUUUUGAAGUGA